UUUUCUUAUAUAUAAACUUCUAUCCCCCUCAAUUUUCUUACACUAAAGACUUUGUAACAACAAUAAAACAGGAGAGAGAGAGUAGAGAGAGAAAGAAGAGAGAGAAACCCAUUUUUGUUUAUAUCAGCAGCUAUGUAUAAGUUGCAGAAGCAGAUUUGAACUUUUGUCAGAAAUAUAAUUUCAUUUUUUUUCUUGAUUUUUUUCUUUUAAUUCUCGGUGUUUGGGUGAAGAUAUAAGUGUGUGUGUGUGUGUGUGUGUGUAGAUAUAUAUAUAUAUAUACUGUUUUUGUAUACACAGUCUAAAAUGCAGAAUUCGGACAACCACAACUCCGACUCGGAGGUGGUCGGCGACAGAACCUCGUACAGCGGCCCGCUGAACAAGCGGCCCGGAAAGAAGAGCGCCCGGUUCAACAUCCCGGAGAGCUCGAACAGAAACUCCUCCGCCGACGCCGACGACUACGUGGAGAUCACCCUCGACGUGAGGGAGGACUCCGUCGCGGUGCACAGCGUCAAGACCGCCGGCGGCGGCGAGGUGGAGGACCCGGAGCUGGCGCUGCUCGCCAGGGGCCUCGAGAAGAAGUCCUCCUUCGGAUCCUCCGUCGUCAGAAAUGCUUCGUCAAGGAUUAAGCAGGUGUCGCAGGAGCUCAAGCGCCUCGCCUCCCUCACGCGCCGCCCCCACCCGCCGGGGAGAUUUGACCGGACCAAGUCCGCGGCGGCCCACGCGCUCAAGGGGCUCAAGUUCAUCAGCAAGACGGACGGCGGGGCCGCCUGGGCUGGGGUGGAGAAGCGGUUCAACGACCUCACCGCCGCCACCAACGGCCUCCUCCCACGCGCCCUCUUCGGCGAGUGCAUUGGCAUGAACAAGGAGUCCAAGGAGUUCGCCGGCGAGCUCUUCGACGCCCUCGCGCGGCGGAGGAACAUCUCCGGCGGCUCCAUCACCAAAGCUCAUCUGAAGGAGUUCUGGGACCAAAUCUCCGAUCAAAGCUUCGAUUGUCGGCUUCAAACAUUCUUUGACAUGGUUGAUAAAGAUGCCGAUGGCAGAAUCACGGAGGAGGAAGUCAAAGAGAUUAUUACAUUAAGUGCUUCAGCAAACAAGCUGUCCAAUAUUCAGAAGCAAGCAGACGAGUACGCGAGGUUAAUCAUGGAGGAACUAGACCCGAACGAACUUGGUUACAUUAUGAUAGAGAAUUUGGAGAUGCUGUUACUACAAGGGCCGAGCCAAUCGAUAAGAGUAGGUGGCGAGAGCCGAAACCUAAGCAAAAUGCUGAGCGAAAAGCUGAAGCCGACUCAAGCAAACAUCGUACAACGAAAGUACAGAGAUUUCAAUUACUUUGUGCAGGACAACUGGCAGAGGGUUUGGGUGAUGGCGUUAUGGAUCGGCGUGAUGGCUGGUCUUUUUACGUACAAGUACAUUCAGUACAAGAAUCGAGCGGUUUACGAGGUUAUGGGCCAUUGCGUGUGCAUGGCUAAAGGCGCCGCCGAAACUCUGAAGCUGAACAUGGCAAUUAUUUUGCUGCCCGUUUGUCGGAACACGAUCACCUGGCUUAGGAACAAGACCAGGCUUGGUGUCGCCGUUCCGUUCGACGACAACCUUAAUUUCCACAAAGUGAUUGCGGUGGCAAUUGCGUUGGCGGUGGGAAUACACGCGAUUAGCCAUUUGGCGUGCGAUUUCCCUCGAAUAUUAAACGCGAGCGAAGACGCGUACGAGCCAAUGGAGCAAUUCUUCGGCGAGGACCAACCAUCGAGCUAUUGGUGGUUCGUUAAGGGUUGGGCAGGUGUCACCGGCAUUAUAAUGGUUGUCCUAAUGGCAAUUGCGUUCACACUCGCCUCCCCUUGGUUUAGAAGGAACCGAGUCAACCUACCGAAACCCUUGGACAAACUCACCGGGUUCAACGCGUUUUGGUAUUCGCACCAUUUGUUCGUCAUUGUUUACACUCUCCUCGUUAUUCACGGUAUCAAGAUUUACUUGACCCACGAGUGGUACAAGAAAACGACAUGGAUGUAUUUAGCUGCUCCUGUAAUACUUUACGCCGGAGAACGAUUGAUUAGGGCAUUCCGAUCGAGCAUCAAAGCUGUCAAGAUCUUAAAGGUGGCGGUUAUCCAGGAAAUGUGCUAACGCUGCACAUGUCGAAGCCGCAAGGAUUCAUAUAUAUAAGCGGGCAGUAUAUUUUCGUCAACUGCGCAGCAGUGUCUCCGUGC